GCUGCAACUCGACUAAAACCUUACCCAAAAGAAGCCGCAAUCGGAAAUCUAAAAAUCUGACCACACCAAGACCUACUGAGAGCAAUGAUAUCCGCUUCUUCUCUUCCAAGCUCUCAUCUUUUGUUGAUUCACUCUUCUCACUGUUUUAAGACUCCCAAGCUAUCUCAUCAGUGUAAGCAGCAGAAAAGAAGGGCUGAUGGGUCACAACGAGCUUCUAAAGUUGUUGCCUACUAUGGCUUGAAGGAACCACCUUAUAAACUUGAUGCUUUGGAGCCGUAUAUGAGUCAGAGGACAUUGGAGGUCCAUUGGGGAGGCCAUCAUCGUAACUACGUGGAAGGUUUGAACAAACAGCUAGAGAAGAGCGACAUACUGUAUGGCUACACUUUUGAUGAACUUGUCAAAGCAACAUAUAAUAAUGGGAAUCCCUUACCUGAGUUUAACAAUGCUGCCCAGGUCUGGAAUCAUGACUUCUUUUGGGAUUCCAUGCAACCUGGAGGAGGGGACAUGCCCAAACUAGGUGUACUUGAGCAGAUUGAAAAGGAUUUUGGUUCCUAUGCAAGUUUCAGAGAGAAGUUUAUAGAGGCAGCACUAACUCUGUUUGGCUCAGGCUGGGUUUGGCUUGUUUUAAAGAGAGAAGAGAGACAACUCAAGAUAGUUAGAACUUCAAAUGCCAUUUGCCCAAUUGUCUGGGAUGACAUACCGAUAAUCUGUUUGGAUAUGUGGGAGCAUGCUUAUUAUCUGGAUUACAAGAAUGACAAAGGAAAGUAUGUGGAUACAUUUAUGAACCAUCUUGUGUCUUGGAAUGCGGCAAUGGUGCGCAUGGCCCGUGCUGAGGCGUUUGUGAAUUUAGGAGAACCUAAUAUCCCUGUUGCUUAAAAUGCUUUAAGAUUACAAAGGUAGUGCGGCUAACUAUUAUCAAGAGACUCCCCUACUGAGUUUGUGCUAGUUUUUGGGGAGUCCACCGGCGUUUGAGCUAGAUUUUGAGUAGCAUUCAAGAAAAAGGAGUGAUGUGUAUGUGGUGCUGUUGUGCUGAGUUGCCCUGAUGAUAAUCUGCAUAGAGCGUCACAAAUACUGUGAUUUUAGGAUCAACAGUAAGAUUGCUAGAUGUAAUGAUGUAAUUUUUUGGAAGUUCUAUUAGUGUUGUACAAAGGUAGCUAUAUAAAACAUUAGUUGAGCAAUGAAUCUGUUUCUAUGGAAAAGAAGUGGUCACUAGUAACUUGUUAAAGC